AUGGUCGAGCUGAUCGAUGAGACGACAAUGCAGAAAGGAGAAGCACAUUCUGAUGCAAACAAUGAGCCAACCUCAGUCGACACGAAUUCCUGCGUUUUUUCUCAGUGUGUUUGUGCUGCUGUUUUUCUGGCUAUCGCUGGAAUUGCCACAGCUGGCCAUACACGAAGUUACGGCACUGGCUCUGGAAUAGGAUACGGCGGCAUCGGUGGAUUAGGAGGAGGCCUUGGCCUCGGUUACACACGCGGCAACGUAUACAGAAAGGUCGGUGGUCGACAAGGCAUAGCGCAACGCAUCGGCAGUGGUUACGGCAUGGGACAAGGCUACGCUGGUGGGCUUGGCUUCAUCGGACCAAAUGGACAUCUUAUCCGUGGAAUCGGAGGUGGUCUCGGAGGAAAUGGUAUAGGUCACGGCGCCAUUGAAGCCCUCAGCGGAGGAAUAGGAGUCGGACAUGGGACAUUUGGUAGUGCCUCCGGUGCUUGCAGUUCAGGAAUACGGGGAAGUUGGAAUGGGGGUCCCUACAAUAGCCAUGGUGGUGACAUAGGAGGAGGAUUUGGUGGUCUGGGAGAGGCAUUUGGGCAAACUUUUUUCCUCGGAGGCUCUGAUGCUUAUGGCGCUCAUACAGGCUUUGGUGGUAUUCAGGGAGGCGCUGGGAAACUCGGGAGAGGGUUAGGUUGUAGUCUUGUAGGGGGGUUUGGUGAGACAGGUGGGGUGCACGGAGAUGUGUUUGGGGGAGGUUUUCCUGGUGUCCUGGGCGGAGUAAGCAGAGGUUUCGGUGCUGCUGGAAAUUUUCCUGGUGGAUUUGGUGGCCAUGGAGCUGGUCUGGGAGGUGGUUUAGGCAGCGGGAUUGGUGGCAUAAAGAGCCCAGUGGCGAGUAUUGGAGAUGGAUUUCAUGGUAACGGGAUAAGUUUAGAUGGUGGUCUUCAUAACAGCUUUGGUGUAAUCAAAUCUGGAAUUGGUAACGUUGGUGUUGGAAUCGGCGGUCACGGUGUCGGGCUGGUUGGUGGUCUUGGUGGGGGACUCAAUAGUGGUAACAGGGGCUUCCAGAGCGUCGAUGUCGGUUUCCGAAGAAAUGAACUGGGGCUUGGGAAUGGCCUAGGUGGGGGACUUCGUGGAUUUAAGGAAGCAAUUGGAAAUAUAGGCGACGGAUACGGAGGCCAUAGGACCAGAAUUGGAGAGGGUUUUGCUGGUGGGUUUGGCGGCAGCAACGCAGGAAUAGGAGACGUUGGUAGUGGCAUUGGAGGUUAUGGUGGAGUGCUGGGCGUGGGCAUAGGUGCAGCAUAUGGUGGCGUGAAGACAGGAACGCUAAACUUGGGGGGUAGGUUAGGCGGAGUCAGAAGUGGCCUAGAUGGAAGCCAUGGAAACAUUAAGAGGGGUGUCACAAGACUUGGAGGUGACUAUAGGUAUGAUGUCGCACAUGGUCAUGGGCUCAAUGCUAUCAAUUUGAGACAAGGACACGUUGGCGGUGGGAUUGCUGGGCUCCAUGCUGGUGGUUUCCAACAAACAGGAUACCAUGUUCCUGGGGCAUUGAAAGUCGGAGCCACAGGGCUAAAUAAGAAUUAUGCAGAACAUACAGGAGGUAUCUUACAGCGAUGGCCAGUCAACAGAGAAAUGACUGAAAUCGGUAGCGACAGCAAGUUACAUUCCAACAUAAACUACAAAAAGAGCUCAUAAAGCCGUGCUCUAUAUGCACCUACAGAACUAUAUGUAAAUACUGUAGCUGAAUUGCCAUGUUGUUUUAGCAAGCACAAUCUUGGUGCAUGGACGUGAUUAGAGCUCCGUCAUAGAGUUAAUAUUCAACUAUAAUCAAAGACAGCUUCAUAAUCUCAUUCUUUGGCCCCUACACGACAUAUCAGGAGCUCUAUGAGGAAUAUUCCAUUCCUUCUUAUCUGGGAGCUGGGCACAAAAUUUCUGACAAUACAAAUUUUAAACUCCUCUUACAUGGAUCUUUCACGUUAAGGUGUACGUUUUCUUGCUGCAUUAUCAUUCCUCUAUAUGACACUGUGCGGGAUAUGAUACGUGACAGCAAAUGCCAUGAAAAGCCGCCAAACUUUCGU